CUAAAAUAUAUGAAUAUAGUGGAUAUGAACGAUGCCAUUAUUUUUAAAAAAGCGACUUUUUAAAACACAUUCAAACACUCAAUACCUCCUCGUGCGCGACUAUGAUAGCGAGGAAAGGAUCAUGUUUGCAUUUCAUGAGCCCGCUCAUGUUAGUAGCGUUAAUUGCACUAUCUAUGUAUGCGUCAGAUCUCAGCCAUAAAAACACUCAACUGCAAAAUACAUUAAAAAGUAUCAGUCAUAGUGUCCAACAUGAUUUAGAAGCACUUGAUAUACCUGGUGUGUCCAAAGCCUCACUUGGUACGUCCAGGGUGAACGCUGAUGGGAAGGUUGAGUCUGGCAGUAAUGUUACGGCUGUCGACCCCGCGCUGUAUAGGAAAGCCAUGGUAUACGUAGAGCCACGCCAACAAGAGACGGCCAUGCACGUCCUAAGCAACUUCAACGGUAACAUGCCGUCUGAUUGGGAUUUGGUAAUUGUGCAUUCACCGUCGAACGAGCAAUUUAUGCGUGAUAGAGUCAAUAAGUUGCAGCUACAUGGACGCAUUGUGCAGUUCAAACGCCUUCUGCCUGACGAAUUCACCUCCGCAGCUUACAAUGGACUGUUUCUCUCAGUCGAAUUUUGGGAUAAUUUCGAACAGGAACACUUAUUGGUUUUCCAGAGUGACGCGGUGUUAUGUUCCAAUUCGCCGUUCCAAGCGGAUCACUUCACACAAUACGAUUACAUUGGCUGCGGAUACGCAAACAGUCACGGAGAAGCUACUAACUUUCACUGGGCACCUUGGCCGUUUUACGGUGUAGGGGGUCUAUCUAUGCGAUCCAAUAGCUUCCAGAAAAGAUGUCUUGAAAGCGAAGAAUUGCACCAUUACAAAUCCACAGUGGCAAACGGGGGCGAAGAUGUGUUCUUCAGCAUGUGCCUACACCACGGGUAUGGCCGUAGGCCGGAAAGUGCCAAAACACUGCGACGCUUCUGCAACCAGCAAGUAAUGCGAGAACCUAGUUUUGGUGUACAUAAAUUCUGGUCGCAGAUGUACGAGCACGCACCCUCGAAUACCAAACCAUUAAUAAAGCAUUGUCCCGAGGCGUUGGUGUUGAGACCAGAGGCACCCCUGGAUCCACAGUGGAAAGCUGUGACAUCCCCGCAUCCACAGUUUAACGUCAAGGCUUGGGAGAAAAGAGCUAGAAAAACAGUCAAGGAAUACAUACCCCAACACCAUUUUGACGAGGAGAAAGAGAGAAGUAGGAACUUGGUGAACUUGGAUGAUGUACCUGGCCAAUAACAUGCAGACUGCAGUAUAAGAGCCACCAUCGGUAUAAGCGUGCCUAAUGAAACACAGAAGUAGAAAUUAAAUAUGUCAAAACCACAAUACACUACAGCUAGACAAUUAAAUUGUUUAUUGGGAUAUCAAAA